AUGCCGAGGUCACUCGCAUUGGACACUUCAGUCACUAUCCUCUUUCCUUUCUCUACCUCCCGAAGGGAACUUUCCGAUGCCGACUGUGAUGGUCAACUGACCUUAGGGGAAUUUUGUGUCGCAAUGCACCUUGUUGUUUUACGCCGAAAUGGUAUGCCCAUCCCCCGCACACUUCCGUCCGUGUUAUUGGAUGUGAUCACCAGUCAGACGCUCUCCACAUUAGCCGUCUCUGAUAAAUGCGUAGGCGAGACUGAUCCAGCACCUACAUUGAGUGCAACGGCUGACUCAAUUCAGUCCGAUGCUCCCGCCGAUUGGGAGUACUGUCAGGCUUCUCCCACUUCUGGAACCAAAUUCCCGCAGGGUUCAAUGACCACUGCUACGGCGUUCACCCCAGCUUCAUGUCGACAGCGACGAUGGUCCGUCUCCAGUCAGAGUGACAUCUCAUCUUUGGCCGAAGGUAUUAUUCAUUUUGACGCACGUCCCAAUCCAAGUGCCAAGCUGCAGCACCCCAUCCCUCUGCGAGCUCGCACGCUGCCUUUGAACAACAACGAAUCUGGCUCAACCGAUCCCCACUACACUCGAUUACAACUGCCUAAGCUUUCUCCACCGCCACCACCGCCACCUCCAAGAGUUCAUCUAGCGGGCCGAUGCGAAAAUCCCCAGCCCAACGCGCUUUCGCAGUCUAAGACGCCUUGUGAUGGUGACUCAGCGUCCCCUCUUCUGGCGUCUCGUACAGACACGGUUGAUUUAUCCUUUCCGAAUAAUCAAACUAAUGAAGUCCCUAACUCUUCAGUCGCUGACUCUCAGCUGCGUCCAAAUGAGAUCAUCGCGCAAUUGCAGAAUGAGUGCGACGGUUUGCUUCAAGAGAAUGAGCAGCUGGCAGUGGAAUUAGUCCAACUGCAACAGCACCGGAUCGCUUUGAAAAUUUUGCUCGAGCGACUGAUGCCUUUGGAUCCCGGCUACUCAGGAUCUCGAGAGUAUUGAGUUUGUCACUCUCUGUUGCGCCACACACACACUCUCGAGGGAAGAAAUCGUGUUGCCCCCUCUGUUUUACAUCCGUGCUUGUGUGCUGUUGUGUACAUCACUUGCGGAUCUAUUGUCGGAUGUCGAAUUCGCACAGUCGAUUAUCAUUGUACGCUAACACUCAUGUAUCUUUGUAUCUACCACAUUUUUCAUACUUGCCUUCUGGGUAUUUACUUUUUCGGUCUGCGUUAUUGACACUGCAAUGAAAUUUCACAUUCGAA